GGAACAGAUAAGUAGUUACUAGGUUGGAUGUUACCAGUUUGAAGCAUGCAGCCCAGCCCUUUGUACCAGAACUUAGGGAAGUCUGUCCGUCACAGUGUCUACCUACGCACCUCGGGCACCACACGUCUCAAGGAGAGGAAACUGGUGGGUGCUCACCCCGGCUGGCUGGCAGGUCGAGGCGCCAAGGAUGCCGGGGCGGGAUUCACUGGAGCUGAGCAGGAUGGGGCGCAAAGGAUGCUCUGUAAAUCAAAAUGCCGCCAGACAACCCGAAGAUCAACAACUAUCGCUAAUCUGCAAUUUGCUCGUCAUCACUGUGGCUACCAAUGAGACCAAUGGAUAUCAGCGGUUCAUGCGGUCCCUUAGGGUCUAUGGCCUUCAGGUUAAGGUGUUAGGUCUGGGAGUCACCUGGGAGGGAGGAAAUAUGGAGAAUAAUAUGGGAGGCGGCCACAAGAUCAACCUGUUAAAGUCUGAACUCUACAAGUACAAAGAUGAUGAAAACAAGAUUAUCAUGUUUACUGACAGCUAUGAUGUGAUAGUCACAGGUGGUAAAAACACCAUCCUAGAGAAAUUUGACUCCCUUGAUGCCCGAGUAGUGUUUGGUGCUGAAGACUUUUGUUGGCCUGAUAAAAGUCUUGCUGAAAACUACCCACGGGUUUCAUUUGGUUACAAGUAUCUGAAUUCUGGAGGUUUUAUUGGUUAUGCCUCAGAUCUUUAUGGAGUUGUAUCAUCACAUAAUAUUAGAAAUGAUGAGGAUGACCAGCUGUACUACUCACAAAUAUACAUCAACAAAGAAUUGAGGAACAAGUAUAAAAUGAAGCUUGAUACCCAUUCCAGGAUAUUCCAAAAUUUGAAUGGGCAGUUUGGUGAUAUCUCACUGAAAUUUGAAGAUGAUGAUGUCAGGAUACAGAACACAGUGUAUCAGACCAUCCCUGUCAUCAUUCAUGGAAACGGACCCACCAAGGUGUUGCUGAACUCCCUGGGAAACUACCUGGCCAAGUCCUGGAUUGUGAAUGAAGGCUGCCUUGCCUGUGAGGAGAACAAGCUGGAGAUGGAGACUGUAGUGGAAGAAGAUCUUCCCCAAAUUCUGUUUGGUGUAUUUAUUGAAAAACCUGUACCUUUUCUGGAGGAAAUGUUGGGGAAGAUUGAACUGCUGGAUUACCCAAAACACAAGAUGGAUUUAUUUGUUCAUAAUCAGGUAAAAUUACAUGAAGAGUUGGCAAGUGGCUGGGUUGCCAAUCUGAAGUCUCUGGGAUACCGCUCUGUCAAGUAUAUUUCUAUCAGUGACAACAUUAAAGAGUGGCAUGCUCGUAAUUUGGCUGUAGAACUGUGUUUAAAGAACAACUGUGAUGGAUUCUUCAGUAUUGAUGGUGAGGUUCACCUUGACAAUCCAAAGACACUGUCUCUUCUGCUGUCACACAAUAGACCUAUUCUUGCUGCUGGCAUGGUGCGUGAUGGCCAGGCUUGGUCAACCUUCUGGGGAGCGGUCAAUGAGGAUGGGUUCUAUGCUCGUUCCAUGGACUACAUGGACAUUGUCAACAAUAAGAGAAGAGGAAUCUGGAAUGUGCCGUACAUCACCGGGGUGUACCUCAUCCAGGGCACCGUGCUACGGAAUGCAGAGACACGCCCCAACUAUAUCCACAGGCUGCUGGACGCUGACAUGGCCAUGGCCGCCAACAUGAGAGACAAGGGUGUGUUCAUGUAUGUGACUAACCUGGAGGAGUACGGCCACCUGGUGGACCCGGACUUCUUCCCCACCAAGUACCUGCACAACGACAUGUGGCAGAUGAAGGCCAACCGCCGCGAUUGGGAGAAACGCUACAUCUCUCCCGAGUACUGGCAGGCGCUCAACCCAAACACUCUUAACAAAAUGCCAUGCCCUGACGUGUACUGGUACCCACUGUUCACCACACGUUUCUGUGAGGAGUUCAUUGCAUUGGCUGAGGAUAACGGUGGAUGGUCAGAUGGCAGCAAUGAUGAUCCCAGACUGGCUGGUGGGUAUGAGAAUGUGCCAACUGUUGACAUCCACAUGAACCAGAUAGAGUAUGAACAGGAGUGGCUAUGGAUUCUUCGCCAUUAUGUCAAACCUAUGGCAGAGAAAGUUUUCAUAGGAUACGAUAGUGACGCCCGAGCCAUCAUGAACUUCAUCGUUAGGUACAGACCCACAGAGCAGUCCUUCUUGCGGCCCCAUCAUGACUCCUCAACCUACACCGUCAACAUUGGACUCAAUCGCCCACACAUUGAUUAUGAGGGAGGUGGUGCUCAUUUCAUCCGGUACAACUGCUCUGUGGUGGACACACGGGUGGGUUGGUCACUCAUGCAUCCCGGUCGCCUCACCCACUACCACGAGGGCCUGCAGACCACUAAAGGGACACGCUACAUCAUGGUUUCUUUCAUUGAUCCAUGAUUUCUCAGUAUUUUUUAUAUCUAAUGUUAUUCUUUGUAUUUGAUCUGAAUUUCUAGUCUAUAGCCUGGUAGAAAUCUACUGAUCCUUUCUGUUAUGAUUCUCUUCAUGUCUCAACCAUAUUGUCAAAUUUUACAAAAUGUGUGACAGAUUGAUGUGUAUGAGUGUUCCCAAGAUAUUUUAUAUGACAAUGUGGUAAUUGAAAAGCAUCUUUUUUUUUUUUUUUUUUUUUUUUUCUGAGAAGCAAAACUCCUUGCAAAUUGAAUAUCAUGUAUAGUUACCUGAAUGCCUUAUAUCUCUGAUGUAAUAUUACUGAUUCAGUUCUCAGUGUCUGACAUGUAUACUUAUGUAGCUUGCACAGUAUAUCCUGAUGCCAGCCACUUUGAUAGCUUGAUGCCACCCAGCAGCAAGCCAAGCACCAUUACAGAAUAGAAAUGUGAGGUUUGUGGGGCCAAUUAAUUUUUAUCUGUUUAUUUAGAUUGUCAUAAUUGCCAGUGAACAAUUGGAAGGAAUAUAUGAAAAGAGUUGCAUUACUGCAGUUGCUCUUAAGGAAUAUAAAUCAGAUCUACAUAAAUGUUCACUAUUGUGGCUGAUAUGCUACCAGUAUUUGAAGAAAUCAUAUUUUGUAUUACACCUUAAAAUCACUGCAGUUAUCUAGAUUUUUAAUCCUAGUUUGCUGUCCCCUUAUGAUUCCAUAUAUUGGUACAAGAUGUAGGAAAGAAAGAAGAGAAAUUUGUUCUUCCUUCUCACUGGAGUUCACAUUCCUGAAAUUAUAAAAUAAUAUAUGAAUCUUAGAAACUUAAUAUUUUAGGAUUUUUAUUUUACAUAGAAGAAGAUUAUUUGCAUCUGUUUUUUAGAGUAAUGUAUUUGUAUUUGUCUUAUUUCCAUGUGAAUUUUGUUCAGUGUCAAUUUCAUAACAUAUCCUACUUCAUUUACAUCUUCUCAUAAUAUGUACCAUAUUAUGCUUUUGAUUACAGCAUUACAGCUUUGCCCCAAUUUUUCAAGUAGUGUAGCAAUAUCAGAGCCUUUCUAUAAUGUCUCCCAUGCAUAACAUUCCACCUACAGUACUUGUGCUCUUACAUCUUAUUUGAUGCAGCUGUGUUUUGUUCUUGAAAAUUCAGUGUAGUGGCAAAGUAUAUAACAUUGUAGGAAAGAGCAUAUUGCAUUAAAGAUAAAGGAAAGUGUUUUAUGGAAAAUUAAUAGUUAUCUCCACCAAAAUCAAAUGAUGUACAUGUAGGUACCCAUUAUACUUAUAUCUCAAAAAUGAAUUACCAAUAUAAUUAGUGUACUUAUAGAAUGACAACAGGAUGUGUAAAACAUUAAAGUUCAAGACACUUCUCAUAUCAGUUAUUUUCUUUUUUUUUUUUUUUCUUUUUUUUCUGCACACUGUCAAUAUAGCAAAUAGAUAGAUAGACAGCAGUUCGAAGGAAUCAUUUUCUUUUGUAUAGUUUUACAAUUUAUGUAAGAAUUCUAGUGAAUGAGAUAUAUAUAUAUAUAUAUAUAUAUAUAUAUAUAUAUAUAUAUAUAUAUAUAUAUAUAUAUAUAUAUAUAUAUAUAUAUAUAUUACAUUGGUUACAAGAGACUUGUGUUCCAAUGACAUUAACCUGUCAAUUGGUGUGCUGGUGUGUUUCAGGAGGUGGUUCUGGUACUGGUACUGCACACUCUUAGCAGCAUGCUGUAUGAGGAACAUUACAUUGAUGAUCUCAGCCACUUCCCAGGCUGAAAAAUUCAAGCUGAUGGUGCUAUUUAUAUUGAUAUUGUGAUUUUGGUUAUAUUUUUAAGUAGGUAAAACUGCCAAAACAGUUGCACAAAUGUAAUGCAUGCCAUAUGUGUAGAAUAUGUGUUCAUUAUAUUAAUAAAACUUUUUACACGA